AUGGUUCUUACGACGCCCGCUCACAAGUCCGGCGUAGUGGGCGUGGCGCGGGCGCUGCUGGCGGCCGGCGCCGACCCGGGCCGCGCCGCCAAGCACAACAUCACGCCGCUGCACGUGGCCAGCAAGUGGGGGCAGCUGGCCAUGGCCGACCUGCUCGUGGAGAACGGCGCCAACAUAGCGGCAGUGACGCGGGACGGACUCACGCCCCUGCACUGCGCGGCGCGGUCGGGACACAGCAACGUGGUGUCCCGCCUCCUACAGCAUGGGGCCCCCAUCACUAGCAAAACAAAGAACGGCCUUACCCCUCUCCACAUGUCCGUUCAAGGCGAACACGUGGAGACGGCCAAGGUACUUCUCACAGAGGGCGCCCCCAUCGAUGACGUCACUGUCGACUACCUCACAGCGUUGCACGUCGCGGCCCAUUGUGGACACGUCAAGGUUGCAAAGCUUCUUCUAGACCGAAACGCAGACGCGAACGCGCGAGCACUAAACGGCUUCACGCCACUUCACAUCGCCUGCAAGAAGAACCGGCUGAAAGUCGUCGAGCUUCUGCUCAAAUAUGGAGCUAGCAAAUCAGCGACCACGGAAUCAGGCUUAACACCGCUCCACGUAGCAGCAUUCAUGGGUUGCAUGAACGUGGCGCUGGUAUUAGUUGGCGCGGGCGCGGCGGCCGACGCGGCCACGGCGCGCGGGGAGACGCCGCUGCACCUCGCGGCGCGCGCGCACCAGACCGACCUAGUGCGGGUGUUACUAAGAAACGGGGCUAAGGUGGAGGCACGAGCCCGCGAAGAACAGACACCGCUACACGUCGCAGCGAGACUCGGUCACGGCGACAUCGCAGCGUUGUUGCUGCAACACGGCGCCGACGUCGCAGCUGCCACCAAGGACCACUACACGCCGUUGCACAUCGCUGCUAAAGAAGGCAAAGAAGAAGUCGCCUCCAUCCUGCUCGAUCACAACGCGCCAAUCGAAGCAGAGACUCGUAAAGGCUUCACUCCACUACAUCUAGCGGCUAAGUACGGAGAUAUGGGCGUGGCCAGACUACUCUUAGCGCGAGGAGCGCAGCCCGACGCGCCAGGCAAAUCUCACAUCACUCCGCUACACAUGGCCACGUAUUACGGACACCCGGAUAUAGCGCUGCUUUUGCUGGACAAAGGAGCGUCGCCGCACUCCUUGGCCAAGAACGGCCACUCGGCGCUGCACAUCGCUUGCCGGCACAACCACCCAGAUAUCGCGUUCGCUCUGCUAGAGCACGAUGCCGACCCUGGAGUUAAGUCAAAGGCAGGGUUCACACCACUGCACAUGGCAGCCCAGGAAGGUCAUGAGGACUGCGUGGAGAUGCUCAUCGAGCGAGGGGCUGAUGUCAACGUACCUGCCAAUAACGGUCUAACACCCGUACACCUAGCAGCCUCCGAAGGUCGCACAGCAGUUCUGAAGUCUCUAUUAGCUGCUGGCGGUCACUGCAACGCGCGAACUAGAGAUGGCUACACUCCUUUACAUGCUGCAGCUCAUCAUGGUCACCAUGCCGCGGCCAGGGCGCUUAUAGAGGCAGAGGCUGACGUCACUGCGAGGGCAGCUCACGGGUUCACGCCUCUGCACCAAGCCGCUCAGCAAGGACAUACGCUCAUCAUCCAGCUGCUACUCAAGAACAAUGCAGACCCGAAUGCGUUGUCAGCUAACGGCCAAACAGCGUGCGCUAUCGCCGAUCGUCUAGGCUACAUUAGCGCGGUGGAGGCGCUACGACCUGUCACCGAGAACACGCUCAGCCAAGCUGUUGGUGAUACUGGUGGUUUGGAAGGCAAAUAUCGCGUGGCGGCGCCCGAACUCAUGCAGGACACCUUCAUGAGUGAUUCGGAGGACGAAGGAGGAGAGGUGGAGUGUCCCAUCCAACAGCAACAGCAAUACCGCUACAUGAAUAGCGAAGCGGGAACACUGCACCGAGCGAAGCCGCUCGAGGACAGCGUGACAGAUGGCCACCUGUGGCCCAGCAACAACGACAGCAAGGUGGCCACCAUCGACCGCCAGCCACUCGACAUCGGCCACCACGCUGCACCGAGCCACCCGCUCGAGGACAGCGUGACAGAUGGCCACCUGUGGCCCAGCAACAACGACAGCAAGGUGGCCACCAUCGACCGCCAGCCACUCGACAUCGGGUGA